GGUUUCUGCUUACACUUUGAACAAGGAAAAUAGAUCUAGAUCAUUCAUCUCAGCUUCUUAUACUGGUAAAAUAAAUUCAUUAAAAUGCCCCCGUCUGUUGAAUGCUAUCUCCUGGCUCCGACAAAUGACGUACCGAACAGCCAGCUGCCGGUGAUCCUCUAUCGAGAUGUUCUGCCCGAGCCUCGAAAUGAAGAGACGACGACAAAGUUUUUAACAGCUUAUGGCUGGGAAAAGAGAGGAACCUGGGGGCAUAUCUCAAUGCGGCACUUCCACCCAAAUACGCAUGAAUGCUACGGCAUCUUCCAAGGCAAUUCGACGCUACUCUUGGGAAAGAUUGAGGAUGGAGACGGCGUUCAAGUCGAUGUGCACACUGGCGACGUAAUUGUCCUUCCAGCCGGAACAGCUCAUUCUUCUCUAGAGAGCUAUGAUGACUAUCGUUAUAUUGGCGUCUAUCCGAAAGAGUGUCCCAAAUGGAUAACUGAGAAAGGCAAGCAGCCUGCGGCUUCUUUCGCCUCGAUGAUCCGAGCGGUUCCCACGCCGCAGGCUGAUCCAGCGUACGGAAAGCAAGGGCCGCUAGUGGCGUUGUGGAACACAAAGCUGGAAGCAAAGUUGUAGCUGUGAGUAUGAGUAUGUAAAAAGAGUGUUUCCUAUUAAUAGAUUGCUGUGGGUGAUUCAGCAGUCGUCAAGUUGCAAAUUCACACCUGGG